AGUCAGAAAGGUCCUGUAUCACAUGCACUGAAAACUACACACGCUGGAAGGAUAGCGUAGUCGUAUCGAGCGGAUUGACAUCCAGUAUCGCUAUUUUACAUUUGUACCAAAGUUACAUGACACUUUGGGUUGUUUCUUCUCACCACGCUGCUUCGUAUACUUUCCUCUAGAGUUGUACCCUUCUGCAAAAUGGGUAAAAGAAGCAGACAGAGGCAGAAAAACCAACCAGCGGGCAGAGACCACAGAGACAACGCUGGUUGGGGUGCUGGUUAUGCCGACAUUGUUAAGGAAAAUAAGCUCUUUGAGCAUUACUACACAGAACAAGGAUUGGUUCCAGAGGGUGAGUUUGAACAAUUUAUGGAUGCAAUGAGGGAACCGCUGCCUGCCACCAUACGGAUCACUGGAUAUAAAAGCCAUGCCAAGGAAAUCCUUCAUUGCCUGAAGGAAAAGUACUUCAAGGAUAUUCAAGAGUUGGAGAUCGACGGGCAGAAGAUUGAGGCUCCGCAGCCUCUCAGCUGGUAUCCCGAUGAGCAAGCCUGGCACACAAAUAUGAGUCGUAAGAUAAUUAGAAAGUCUCCCCUGCUGGAGAAGUUCCACCAGUUUCUUGUCAGCGAGACCGAGUCGGGUAACAUUAGCCGCCAGGAAGCUGUCAGUAUGAUACCUCCUCUUCUCCUGAAGAUUGAACCCCAUCACAAGAUUUUAGACAUGUGUGCUGCUCCUGGCUCAAAGACAGCUCAGCUGAUUGAAAUGCUUCAUUCUGACAUGGAAGUGCCAUUUCCAGAGGGCUUUGUCAUCGCCAACGAUGUGGACAACAAACGCUGCUACCUGCUGGUUCACCAAGCAAAACGUCUUAACAGCCCUUGCAUCAUGGUGGUCAACCACGACGCCUCCUGCAUCCCCAUGCUGCAGAUCCAAAAUACUGAUGGAAAGAAGGACAUCCUCUUUUACGAUCGAGUCUUAUGUGAUGUGCCCUGCAGUGGGGACGGUACCAUGAGGAAGAACAUAGAUGUGUGGAAGAAGUGGACAACAAGCAACAGCCUGCACCUUCAUGGUCUCCAGAUGCGUAUUGCCGUGCGUGGUGUUGAACAGCUGGCCGUAGGCGGCAGGAUGGUCUACUCCACCUGUUCCCUCAACCCCAUUGAGGAUGAAGCUGUCAUAGCGGCACUACUGGAAAAAAGCGAAGGAGCAUUGGAGCUGGUGGACUGCUCUUCUGACUUGCCUGGCUUGAAGUGGAUGCCCGGUGUCACUUCCUGGAAGCUGAUGACUAAAGAGGGAAAGUGGUUCGCUGACUGGUCAGAGGUUCCAAGCAGUCGCCACACUCAAAUUAGACCCACCAUGUUCGCGCCAACUGAUGCGGAAAAACUGGCUGGCAUGCACCUGGAGAGAUGUAUGAGGAUUCUGCCACAUCACCAGAAUACGGGAGGUUUCUUUGUGGCUGUGUUAAUGAAGAAAGCCCCAAUGCCUUGGAACAAAAGAUAUCCAAAGCUGAGGAAAGAGGCUUCGUCGGGCUCUGAAGCCCAAACACUAAGCUCUCCGGUGGCUCCGGCACAGCCUUCCGGUCUCCCUGAGGUAGAAGAGAUGGAAGAGGGAGGCGCCGAGGGCAAAGUAGAUGGGGAGGAGGCCCAGGAGGGAGCACCCAAAGGAGCUUCUUCAAGCGACAAACAAGAUGGCGUGUGUGGACCGCCACCUUCCAAAAAGUUGAAGACAUUUGGUUACAAAGAAGAUCCCUUUGUGUUCCUCAGUGAAGAUGACCCUGUCUUCACCACCAUACAAUCCUUCUACAACUUGUCUCCAAACUUCCCCAAGAUGAACGUGUUAACCAGAACCCAUGAGGGCAAGAAGAGACACUUAUACAUGGUGUCCAAAGAGUUGCGAAAUGUCAUGCUCAACAACAGUGAGCGCAUGAAGGUCAUAAAUACAGGGGUGAAAGUGUGGUCACGCAACAGCGACGGAGAGGAGUUCGGUUGUGCUUUUAGACUGGCUCAAGAGGGCAUCUACACUCUGCAGCCGUAUAUUCGCUCCAGGAUCAUCACAGUGAGUGUUGAGGACAUCAAGGUGCUGCUGACUCAGGAAAAUCCCUUCUUCAGCAAAUUAGAGGAUGACGCCCACGCUCAGGCUAAAAAAAUUGACAUGGGCAGCAUUGUUUUGAAGUAUAUGCCAAACCCAGAUAAGCCAGCAGAGCCUCAGUGUUCUAUCCAACUUUGCGGCUGGAGGGGAAAAACGUCCAUACGAGCGUUCGUACCCCGCAACGAGAGGUACCACUACCUACGCAUGCUGGGCGUUGAGGUCUUCCGGGACAAGCAGGGCGCGGGCAGGAAGCCAAAAGAUGAGGAGGCCAAAGGAGAGGGCGAGGGGGAGGCGGCGGUGGAUGACACAGAGCUGGACUUGGAGAAUGGGAGUGAAAAUGGAUCAUCAGAAGCAAAGAUGGAUGGCGGUAUUAAAGGGACUAGUGGUUGAGGGUAGAAGAGGACUGAGUGAGAGUGCAUGAAAACUGCAAGAGCUGCAGGCCACUCCAUAGACCACACUGUGUGUGUGCGCAAGAAAGAGGAGUUUACGCUUCACCACAAUGACAGAUGGAAUAUCUUUUGGAGGUAGACAACUUGGCUGGUAUUUUUGGGGAUUUCCCAGAAGGCAUUUUUUUUUUUAAAGUUAAAUGGUCUGUCUUUCUCCUUUAUGCUUUAAUAAUGGUUUUCACCAGCCUAGUGGCAUCACCUUUGUUUUUUUCCCCCGUUUUAAAGAGUUUUAUAUUAUGUCUAAUCUCAUUUUGUACACCUGUAUUAGUAUAAACAGCUGAAUAAAGGUGUGAAAGAUAAUAAUAAUAAUAAUAAUACAUUUUAUUUCUAGAGCGCUUUUCAGAUACACAAAGACGCUUCACAAGAGGCAUGGAAUUACAGUACGAUAAAAAGGUAUUAAAAGGAUUAAAAACUUAAAAGCACAAUAAAAAGAGGUAAAAAAUAUGACAGCUAGGGGUUAUGGUGGGUAAGAUAGAGUGAACAGGUGUGUUUUCAGUCGAGAUUUGAAAAGUGAUAGAGUAGAUAUGUUGCGGAGAUCAGGGGGUA